GAGAGUAUUAUUUUGUACACUAUUUAUCAAUUUAAUAGUUAGUUUAAUAAAAAGUAUAAUAUAAGUUAAAAUAAACCAACCUAUUUCUCUAAGAAUUCUGAAUUUUAUUUUCAUGGUGACACGUGGCUACAAAACAAUGUUGAAAUGUUUCUCAAUUAAUAUAUAAGGGAUCUAAGUGUAAUUGGUAAAAAAGAAAGCAAAAAUUAUUUUCUAACGACACAUCACUUGUAAUUUAACAUUUAUCAAAUUUAUACGUGAAAAUCCAUUUGAUAUUAUCUAAUCUACUCUAAUAAUUUAAAAUCUUAUUUUUAUCUACCUAUAUAAUUUUUAAAUGGUCCAACUACUUAUUAUAAUAUGGUCACAUUUACCUAUUAAUUUUUCAAAAUUACAUAUAUGUUUCUUCAUAUAAUAGGAUAUCAAUUAAUUAAACCAUCAUCUUACCAUCUUUAUUAUUAUUUUCAGGCUUUUUUGAACAUAAAAAUAUAGUUUACCAAAACAUAUAUAAUACAAGUACAACUAUCCCUUAUAUAUUAAAUCACAAGUCACUUGAACAAUCAAAAUUUGACAUGUGUCAUAUUUUUAGAAAAAUAAAUAAAAAUAAUAAUAAUUGAAAACAUGUCAUUCAUCCUUUUCUACAACUCCAAAUAAAAUUCCUAAAUUUCCUCAAAAAUCCAUCCCACGUUCAAAAGUUUCAAACUGUUAUUUUUCUUUCUAUAUAAUUUUCUGUCUACCAAUUAGUUCUUUCUUCAUCAUCUCUCUCUUACUCUCUCUUUUUUUCAUUUCGUUUGUUUGUUUGUUUCUUUUUAGAUAUGUAACUGUAACAGCAAAACCUAUGCAAAUUUAUAAUUGAUUUUGUUUUGUAUCUGAGAUGUCAAUUGAAUCAGGCUAAUGUUUUCAAUGCAGAAUGGAAAAAUUAAAAUUCAUCAGUAACCAAGGUAAUGAAGUAUAUUCAAUUCUUUUAUCAGCAAAUUACUUAUUUACUCUCUAAAAGAUUCAUCAUUAGCUUCACUUUGGUUCCAAAUGAGAUUAUGUCUUUCAUUUGUUCAAUUUUCCACCUCUGAUGUAAGAACUUUUAAAUGGUAUCUCUUUUGAAGGGAAAAAAAUAAAAAAAGUUAAAAAAGAAGAAGAAAUAAAAGAAAUAUUCAGGAAAAACUUAUUUACAUAUAAUUGUAUUUGAAUUGUUUGAAAAACAUGUGCAUCUACGGUCACCAUUAUCCUAUUUAUUGUUUAAAUAAAAAAUUUAAAUUGUCAGAGAAACAAAUUGUAAUCAUAAAAAUCAAAUUUUAUUCUCAAUAUUUUUGGAAAAUAAUUGUAAACAUAUAACCAUUUAAAAUAAUAUCAUUUUUGUUUGACCCUCUCCGUUUCAACCUAUUUUUUUAAAUUUGAAUGCUGUGUUAUUCAGGUUCAUAAAAUAUUUGACAGAAAACAAUUUAAUUCUGAGUGAAAAUUAUAACAUGAUCAAAUAAUUUUGAAGACAAUAAAACUGAUCCGUGCUUAACACGGGCAUUGAUACUAGUUUAUUGUUUAAAUAAAAAUAUAUUAUACGUUUUUCUUUUUCUGUUUGUUGUUGUAGUUUAAUGGUGUAAAUAAAAAAUUAUUUUGUUCUUUGUUUUGUAGUUUUAAAAGUGUAACUGAAAUUCUUAAAAAAAUAAAAGAAAAACGCAAUUGAAAAAAACUUAAUGCAUAAAAAGAAAAAAAAAUUCCGUUUUGUAAUUGAAUUUUAUAUAUUUCUAUAUAAAAUAAAAACUUAGAUAAAACAAAAAUUCCUUAUAUUUCUCCCAGUACUUCAUGAUCGCAUGAUUUUCAAAACUGUUAAUCUUCUUCCUGUAGGGGAGGUUAGACUCACGAUCCUAUUCUUAAAAAUAAUUUCUACCUGCAUCAAUAUACUAACCUAAAUUUUUAUAACGGCUCCAUUGACUCUUCCCGUGAAUGAGUGAUGAAAUUUCAAUUUUAGCGGGUAAACAUAAUUUGUGGUUAUUGGAAAAUCAUAAUUUUGCAAUUUUUGGGAAAACGUGAUUUUGGUUUUGGCAGAAAAUCUGAUUUAGUGGUUUUGAUGGAAGAACUUGAUUUAGCUAUUUUGAUGUGGAAAAGAGAUGUUAUGGUUUUAGCGGGAAACCAAAUGUUGCAGUUUAAGUUGGAAAAUUUUUUUUUUUUUUUGUUUUGGUGAAAAACGAUUUUGUGGUUUUGGCUAAAACGUGAUUUUGGCAAACAAACAUGAUUUUGUGUUUUUGACGAGAAAACCUAAUUUUUCAGUUUUGAUUAGAAAACAUAAUUUUCCAGUUUUGAUUAGAAAACAUAUUUUUUCAGUUUGACAGAAAACGUUGUUUUGCGGUUUAACGUAAAAACUUGAAUUGUGGUUUUGAUGGAAAAACCAAUUUGUGAGUGGACUAAGUAAAUCAUAAGUAUAAAAAGACAAAUGAAACGUUACGAUCUCUAACGAUCAAUGACUGGACGCUGUUCUACUUGUUUUCACAUUAUGAACUUACAAAGUGUCUUAUAAUCAAUCCGGUAAUAUACAAUCAAAGUGUCUUGUUUAGUGGGAAAAUUUGAUUUAGCGGAUUGACGAGAAAACCUAAUUUUGCAUCUUUGGUGAUUUUGGUGAGAAAAACAUUUGUGAUUAGUGAGAGAUUUUGUAAUUUAAUUAAAUAUUUCUCAGAUUUUAAUAUUGUAGGUUGAGUUGGUCACUAACUCACUAUAGUUAAGAGGAAAUCAAACUUGUGUUAAUUGUGGAAAAUGUUCUAAGAUGUAAUUAGUAAGUGUAAAAGUGAUCUAGUGUGUAAAUCUUUUUUACUAGAAUUAUAUAAAAAAUAAAAUAAGACUGGCGUUUAUUAUUAUUCUUUAGCGUUUGCCUUUGUAAAUUAUCGAAAAAUAAUUGAGAAAAUUGCCAAAAAAGAACAAAAAAACAACAUAGUUGUCCCUAUGGUAUAAAUCCAACAUUAAGUUGUCCCUAUAGUAUAAUGUUUUCCAUAAUGCCAAAAGUAACCUUUGAUUAAUCACAUUAAACAUAAUUAAUUAGAUUUUUUUUUAAAAUGAAAAAAGGUUGGUUUAAUAUAGUUGCCAAAAGGGGAAAUUUUUUUUUAAAAAAGGGAUCUAAACAUAGCUUCCCCUACCUCCCGUAACCUUAACAUCGAUCUCUCCGACUCUCUCUUUCAUGGCGAGCAAGAUGGUGAUUGUGUCUUCUCCGUUGUGUUUUCUCCGGUGAAAUCAACGAAGACUGCAGCCACCGGUGGAACCCCUUUCUCUUCUCCUACAGACCGAAGGUAAACACGUUUGUUCUCCAUCCAGUUUCAUUCAUAAAGUUUGUUCCUGUCUUCUUCUUGUUCUAAUACUUUUCUUUGGAUCUCUUUCUCUCUAGACAAACGCAAAGGAGAUUUCAGUGCUUCUCUCUCCACCUCUCCGUGUCUCCGCUUCUCUCCGCCUCUCUCCGCUUCUCUCUUCCUCUCUCCGCCUCUCGCCUCCUCUCCGCCUCUCCCGUUCUCUCCGCCUCUCCGCUACUCUCUGCAUCUCCGCUUCUCUCCACCUCUCCGCCACUCUCUUUCUCUGAAAUCAUGUUGAGCUAAGGUAUUAUGUCCGAACUUUAUCUUUCUUCAUUUCAUGUUCCUCGAUCCGGUUAUUGUUUGAUGUGUCUAUGUGUUUGUGAAUUGAUUUUGUUUGAUAUGGUUUGGUUAAUUGAUUUUGUUUGUAAACAAAAAGAUAGUCUUUGUGUUUCUGAGUUUUGAAUUUGGUUUUGUUCUUGUGUUUGUCUCUGUUUCACUGCAAAGUUUGUUUCUUUGACUUGAAAGAAUAUGUUCUGUAAAACUGAAGGAGAAGAGCUUACCUGAUUUGUGAAUUGUCAUAGUUUGCUACUAUCUAAUUAUAUGAACCAAUUAUGUUUCUGACUUAUGGUUUUGGUUCAUUUCAUGAUUCGUUUCACUAAAAUCAUUUUGUUGUCUUUUGUAGAUAUGGAGUUAGAGCUACCUAAGCGACUGUAUGCAGAGGGUUUGAAACCUCAGGUCAAGAAGAUCAACAAUUGCUGCCGCAUGGAACUUAUCAGGGAUCUGAAGAAAGCCAUGUCUGCAGAGUACAAUGAUGUGAAGAUAGAUCCUGUUUUCAAACAUAUCAUGGCUAUUGCGGAUAACAAGCUCGGUUUUUCAGGAAAAUUGGUGGAUAGUUUCUUGGGUAAGCAGCUGAUUACCUCGAAGAUGCAUGAGAAGUGGUUUGUCUUUGCGAGGAUGCCUCUCCAGUUUUCGCUUCAGGAGUACCAUGCUGUGACAGGCCUCAAAGUUUCUCGGGAAAGCAGCAGUGACGUAGUAACAUGGAAAAAUGACGGGGGGUUUUGGAGUAACCUACUAAGGUCUGGUGAUAAGAUCACCUUGAAGUCGAUCCGAAAGGUGCAUCUAAAAGAAGUUCACAAGUGGACACGGAUUGAUAGAAUGAGGUUGAUCUACCUGUGUGUGAUAAUGGGUGUGGUGAUGGGGAGAGAUGAGAAGGUGAACAUCCCUUAUAUGUACAUCAAGUUGGUGAUGGAUCUUGACAAGCUCCAGAAGUUCCAUUGGAGUCUUCACUCGUAUGACUUCCUGCUAAGUUCCAUUGAGAAGGCUAGGAAGAAGUUGGGUAAGAAGGACAGCUACAUUUUUGAGGGUUUCUCAUAUGCUCUCCAGAUUUGGAUUAUGGAAGCAAUUCCUGAUUUUGGAGAAAUAUGUGGGAGACACGUCUCUUGCAGCUUCAUCGGUCCAAGGUGUGGCAAUUGGAAAGGAGUUGCAAACGUUUCUUACGAAGACAUCAUUGAGCUUGAGGACUCCUUAACUAAGAAGGGUGACUUGUUCUCGGUUAUUUCAGUGACUGGUAAUGGUGAUAUGUUUCAGCAUGUUGACUAUACAAGGAAGGGUGAGAUGGAAGAUGAACGAGUGGACCUUCUUCAAGAUAGGAUCAGACAGAAGUUUGAUUGGAGCUCCACAUAAUGGCCAGUUUUAGAGCCUGGAGUGACUGAAAUGGAGGAAGCCGACAGCCAGGAUAGAGGGUCAGCAGCUGAUAAGAAUGUGGCUGAUACUGAUGUUUUAGCAGAGGAGGAGACCUCUUCGGUCACAGUUGCAAGAAAAGGCAAGAGAAAGGUUCUUGAUGAAGGAGCAGUGACAAAAAAGAAGAAGUUGUUGUGUAAACGAUCUGCA